AUUGAGGGGAUGUACAUACAUAAAUGAUUAAUACAACGUAUUUGUGGGUCACGGAGAUAGGAGAUGUAAGGGUCAUCUUUUGACUUCCAUAAACUCAGUUCACUUUAGUUGAGUUACGAUCACAUACAUCAUGAAAUUUACAGAUAACAAUUUUUUUAAGUGUCUUCUUACAUGGAAACUAGGAAGAAUUUUUGUUUUUAUAUUACUAUGCAACGUACAAUCAAUAUAUGGUUUAUUUACACCAGAAAAGGAAUAUAGAUAUUUGUAUAAUGCUACUUCUAGUUCAGGUGUAUUAUUACCAUCCAGUUCUGCAUCUUCAUGGAGUUUAAAUGGAAUACUUGUGAUUCAAGCAAGAGAAAAUGCUGCAGUAAUGCAGUUUCAAUCAUUGAAAAUGAAUAUUUGGAAUGGCAAAACUGGAGAAAAAGGAGAAGAUAUAGAUAUUAACGAAAGCGAUGAAGAUCUUUUAAUGCCAUUUGAAGUCACAUAUAAAAUGGGACUUGUAGAAAAUUUCACUAUACAAAAUGAAUCUGUUUGGGUUACAAAUAUCAAGCGUAGUAUAGUAGGAAUAUUACAACUGGAUCUCUCUACUAUAGAAAAGGAAGCAGCAUUCCAUUCUACUGAAACAAAUCAUUAUGGUCAAUGCGAUAUAGAAUAUGUUAUAACUAGUGAGAAUGAUAAUGAAAAAGUAAUUAGAAAGUCUUUAGAUCCACGGACUUGUAUUGGUCAUUCUUUUCGAUUUUGGACCAAUGUUCCAAGAAUGCAAUGUCCUCAUUCUGAACAAGAUCCCAUUUUAAAAUCCAGCGAACGAUUAUAUUAUGUAAGAUAUAAUAACACUGUAGAAGAUAUUUUAUAUAUUAAUGCAACAGGAGGAAUAUAUGUACAACCAUUUCAAAGUUUUGGUGAAGCACAAUUUUAUUUUUCAAGGCAGAAUCUUCAAUUAGUUACGGUACAAGAUAUAGUGAAUCAAAUUUCAUUGUACAAUCCACAUACUGUAACUUUGCAACAUGAACUUCCAGAGGAAGAUUUGACACAAGGUAGAGGAAUACUAGAUAAAGAUACUAUUUUUAAAGUUAUAGGAAACUUAUUAGAUCGUUUGAGCCAAACACUUGAGACUCCUGGUUUAGAUACAGAAAUAAAUAAUCUACAUAACACAACUAUUUCUAUUCUUCUCUAUUAUCUUGGAAUGUUAGACCGUACUGAUUUAGAAAUCGCAUAUAAUAAUAUUUCAGGAACUAGUUACAAAGAAGAAACAAUACGGAAUAUGUUUUUGGAAGCACUUCCACAAAUUGGAAGUAAAGACUCUGCUUUGUUUAUAUUCGAUUUAAUUCAAAAUCAUAAAGUAUCAGAUAUAAUAGCAAUACAACUUUUAACUCAAUUACCAUUUCAUGUUAGGAAACCAGACAUACAAUUAUUAAUAACUUUACGACCACUUCUAAGUUUAGCAAGAGAUAUUUCUGCAGAAAUUCAAAAUACAGCCAUUCUUUCAUAUGGCACACUGAUUUAUAAAACAUGCCUUGUGUAUUGUACAUACGAAAUACUUGAUGAUUAUGUACGUUUUUAUCUUGAUAAAUUCACAGAAAGUACUGAGUAUGAAAAAAAAAUGAUAUGGUUGGAAGGUUUGGCAAAUAUACAAUUAGGAAGGGUAGUUGAAUUUUUAGAAUCUAUUGCAAGUGGGAAUAAUGCAGAAUCACGUCAUUUUCGUGUACUUGCAGCUUGGGCAUCUCUUCCAUCUGCACCUUUAAGACCAGACAUUAUAUAUCCUGUGUACUGGCCAAUAUUGGUAAAUAAGACAGAGCAUUUAGAAAUGAGAGUAGCUGCAUUGACAUUAUUAAUUGUUUCUAAUCCAACAUCAAGCAGAUUAAUAUCUUUAUAUUGGUAUAUGAAAACUGAACCAAAUCUGCAUUUAUAUAAUUAUUUUUAUACAACCCUAAAAUCUAUAGAACAGACAACAUAUCCUUGUUAUCUUGAUAUGGGAAGUAUAGCAGCACAAUUUACACGUGUACUUCGUAAACCGUCUAAUAAUAAAUUGUUACUAACUGGUAAUUAUUUGUUCGACUACAAAGAUACAUAUAGAAAAUUUGGAGCCAUGCUUCAUGGAAUUUUUAUAGCAAAUCCAGCUACGAAUGUACCAGAAGCAAUGUAUGUUACUUUGAGUAAUUAUGGAAGUGGUACUACUAUAAAUCAUGUAUCUUUGUAUAUCAAAGCGGAAGGUCUUCUACAUUCUUUAUCAACUUAUCUUGAAAAUCCAACACACGUUAAAGAUAUACUGAAUCAAUAUAAAUUAGAUCAGAAAGAAACUGCUCCAAUACAUUUAGAAGUAAUUGCACAAGUCCAACAGAAGACUGUUUUAUGUUUACAUUUAAAUCAAACGAAUAUUGCAAAAGUAGUUCAAUAUUUAGCUUCGUUAUCUGAUAAUAUAUAUCAAAUCUUCCAAAAUACAGAAUUUCAUAUUAAUCAACAACGAAUAAAUAUUCCUAUAACUAUGGAAUCAGUGCAAGUAACGGAUAUGGGUACAAAUGUAAGACUUAGCAUGACAGCAACAUCAUUAUUUUCAAUGAGAGGAAAUUUUAUUCAUUCGGAUAUUGGACGUAAUAAUCAUGUUAUAUUAAGAACAUCCAUUCAUGGAAGUGAAAUAAUUGAAAAUUAUAAUCCUUUGGUUGAUUUGUGGCAUGCAGCUGAGAGAACACAAUCUAUCCAUGGAUAUCUUCCUAUUAAUAUUACAAUUGGAUUAGAUGAGAGGCCAUUUAUCACAUAUAAUACACCAGGAGAACAUUUUAAAAUGGGAGUCGUUGCUCAUGUAAGAACAGUUACCCAUAUAAGAGGACCUAAGACUCAAACAAAGUUAAAAGUUAUUUGUCCUAAUUGCCCAACAUCAUAUACAGUUAGAAGAGUAUUACCAAUAAAUAAAUUAAAGACAAUAAAUUUAUUUGAAUUUGAAUUCCCCGAAUUGGGAGGAAAAAUAUUCACGAAACUUUUUGAUUGUGAAAAUGCAAUAUCAAGAGAAAAAGUAAUAUCUGAUAUAUUAUCAUCCCAUCAAGCUAAUUACCAAAUUUGGCCAGGCAUGAAAAUAAUUUUGGCGACAGUGCAUCUUUUAGAUUAUUUUACAUAUGUACCACCGAAAGGUAGCUGCGGAUUAACCAUUUAUGUAGAACCAUCUGAUGCAUUAGUGCAAACUCAAGUAAAACUUGAAUAUCUAAAAAAUAAUAAACAUCACAUGUUAUCUUUGACAAAUCGUGAACUUAAUUCUCAUCGUGUUUUGUAUCAAUGGAAUUUAGCUGCUCUUUAUGAUAUUACUGGUUGGAUUUCAGACAAUCUUAAAAUCAAGGCAACUAAAAUUACACCCGAUGGAAAAAUUAUGAAGUUUUGUAUAGAAGCUGAUAGAGAAAUGGACUGGGAAUGGGACUUUUUAAAUGUUAAUCCUACUUUUCCUUGUAAACUAAAAUUAGUUCUUACUUGGGGACCAUCUGAUACUGCUAAAGGUAAAUGUAAUGGUUCGUCGAUCAUAUUAAAUUUGAUUGGUGAAGUCAGUAAAGCACAACUUGAAGAAAGUCAAAGAGAAAAGUCGCCUCAUAAUCAGUGCCGUAAAGAAUUGAAAAGAAGAAAUUUUAUUCCAUACACUGAUACUUGUUAUGAAGCUUCAAAGGAAUUAUCUAUCUUAAGGAAGUAUCAAUUUUUUCUUAAGUACGAAAAUUUACCAGAGCCACUGUCAAAAAUCGUGUGGAAGUUAAGAGUUGUGUAUGAACUAUUUAGUGGAAACAAUAAUUAUACCAAUAAUUCUGGGCAAUUUCUUUUAAAUGCAGUCUUUCCUAAAGAUUCUGACAGUAGUGAACUGGAAUUAAAUUCAAAUAAAGUGACUAUACAAUAUGGUUCUAAUUUCAUAGAAAAUUUUUUAAUACGAACACGAAUCCAUAGAUAUAUGGACAGUGUUCUUUUUCAUUCAUUUUUUAGCAUGUGUAUUAUAGAACCAAAUAUUGUACGAUCAAUUUACAAUACCACAAUUGUUGUUAACUCUCAUAGAAAUAUAUUAUUACUUGGCCAAUGUUACGAUGAUAAUCCAAGAUUUGCUAUUAGAGCUUUUAAAACAAAAAAUAAUUUAAUAAAUGUACUUAUUACUGAUGAAACAGGUACUAUAAAGGUAAUUCAAUAUUACAAUGGUGGACAUAUAUAUAAUGCUACAUCAUAUGUACCAUUAGAAAAGCACGUGUUCCAAAAAUUUGGAUCUAAAUGGAUAAAAUUGCGUGAUAUAUCUGUUGAUAUAUUGUUUCCUAAUAUUCUUUUAUUUAUGCAAUGGACGCAAAAACAAGUUUUACUUUUGUUUCCAACUUAUUUAACUGAAUUCAGUUGUGGUAUAUGCACAGUUAAUAGUUCUAUUAUUAAUAAUUUUUAUGAAGAAUUAUAGAGUGAUUUAUAAUUUUAUUUAUAUGAA